ACGCAAUCCAUCCAUUUCUUCUUAGGUCUACCUCUUCCUCUAUAUACUUCCACAUUCAUAGUUAACAUUUUCUUACCAACCUCAUUUUCAUUUCGUCUCAUCACAUGUCCAUACCAUCCCAAACGCGCAAUUCUCAGCUUCUCUGUCACAGGUGCCACUUUCAGACUUCCUCUAACAUAUUCAUUCCGUAUUCUAUCCAUUCUCGUUACACCAAACAUCCAUUGCAUCUCUGCUGCAUGCAAUCGCCUUUCGCCAAUCGAAUCAAUCACGCUAAUACCCAUUAAUUAAAUAGAAAAGUCGACGCAUUAGAAUCUGAAGCGGGAAAUACUUAUAAUAAAACGUGAGCCCGAUUCGAUUUGGUUCCUUAACGUUUAAUUGAAACAUAUUUAAUAAAUGUUCGUUUACAAUCGAUUUUAUAAACAUACUUUCAAUUAGCGAAACGGCUAUAAUUUUACGUGUUUUCAAUGCGAGAAAAACACUUUUCGUUCUCGCUUCAUCGCGAUGAAGUCAUACGUUUUCAUCGCAACGAUUGUUUUGGCAACGACUCAACUGACCUGGGGAGCUCCCGAGAAACUACUUCAAAUAAGAAAUGAUAACGGUACUUGCACUAAUAUAGCAGCUAUCCUGAUCGUAUUUAGGAUUGCGUUAUCCAAACAAAACAUCGAAAAUGACAAAAUUGAUUUAAUACUGAACGAUGCUCAGGAAAUGUUAAGAAAAUUAACAACUGAUAAGAAAUAUCGGUUUUCAUCUCUUCAGCCGAUACCGAAGGAGGGAGAAUUUCAAGUAUUAAACACUAGGAUAACCGAUAAUGAACCUAACAGCAAAAUCGGUUGCCGCGACGCCUUAAAGUUAAUGACGGAAUUCAAAAUGAGCACCGAAUUGAUUAACCAUAUCUGUCAAAAUGAACUGUCAUCGAUGUCAUCGAGCAUGAUUGACAGCACUAAAAAUAUAAACUUAAUGGAAACGGGCUUCACUCAACGCGGUUCCGUUCGGAAAUUACCAGAUGAAGUUGUCAAAAAUAUAAUAAUAUCGUUUUAUAACUUUAAGCCCAAGGCCUUCAAUAAUUUAUUCGACACAAACGACAACAUAAAUUCGGACAACUUGAAACAGUUGAAUGAUUUUAUCAUUCAACAAUCGCAUGUAAAAUCUACUUCAAGCAUUGACCAAAGUGGAAAUAUUGUGUAUAAAGUCGAAAAUCCAGAAGCAAUACAGAUUAUCAGCGAAAUUUUAAAUGCAGUUUUAAUGAAACUGUUUGAUUUACAUAAAAAUAUUGCUAACGGUCCGGUUAGUCAUGAUUUCAAUGUCAACAAAAUACAACAAAACGCCGAAGAGGAAUUAAAAAAAUAUUUAUCACAAGAUAAUGUCAGCAUAAACUUAUUUAAUUUAUCGCAAGAUAAUUUAACGAAUAAGAAGGACUCCUUAAUAAAUAUAUUCGGAAACAAAAUCGAGAGCCCAGAAAACAAUCAUGCAUUUAGUAAAACGAUAUUGUUUAAUAAGUAUAUGCAGAAAACUCCUGAAGUUAAUCCAAUUACGAACGCAUUAGCAGACUACAAUCUGAAAAUGCAUCCAAAGCAAGUGAAUGCCGAUCAAGAUUUACUAAAAUUUGGUAAUGAUAAUAAUCUUCCCUUAAUUUCUAACAAACAAAAUCAACCGAUAGGUAGUCUUGUAUUUAAAAAUACUCCUAAUACAUUAACGGAUAAACCAGUAUUAGAAGACUUCGAACAAUAUUUGAAAGUCGUUAAUAAUUUAAAUAAAGCACAAACGAUUGAUAAACCCGUUGAAAAUGUUGAAACAAAGGCAAUACCAAACGAAUUACAGAAGAACGGGGCUGGUAAUGGUAUUCUCGAAUUAUUGAGUAAAUCACCAUAUUGGAAUCAAAUCCAGGAAAUAAAUCAACAACAGAAUGUCCCAUAUCCAUCGUUCAACAAUAAUCUAUUACAAUUACAAACAAUAAAAAACACAGAUCAAAAUAAGAUGAAUAUGGAAACCAUUCAACACAAUAUAAAUACGAACAAUAUAAAUAUAGACGCAAUGAAGAAUAAGGACAUCUUUGUAGAAUUAACGUACAUAUUCAAUAUCGAUCCAUUUGUUCAAACAAAAUAUGUGAAAUACCGAGUACCAAUAAUUAAACUUUACGAAUUACUUCUCAAAAAACCGAUAUUAAAAGAUCAACCUACAAAUUUAUACCACGAUCUAGUUUUAGUUGCGAAUGUGUCUGAUGUAUCAGCUGAUCUCCAAAAAUAUUCAAAAGAGGACCUUUUAACGUUAACGCUAAGUAGUGGCCGAUUGUCGACAGCUAAAAUGAUCGAAGAAAACAACAUAGACAAUCAGUUGCAUGUAUUACAAAAAUUGAUGUGCAAUGUGGAGCCGAAAGACAUUCUGGAAUUACAUAAACAAAAUAUCUUAAACGGUAAUGGCGACAACUUGAAAAUGCAGCAGAGCACAAGUCCUUCCCAAAAUUUGAAUAUGAACAGUUUAGUUUCUAAAGCUUACUAUCAGCAGCCGCUUUGGAAUAAUUGGAAGGCCAGUUUGGCCCCAAAUUUUCUUUAUUCUAGGUACCUUACUAAACCUGUACAAUAUUUUUGGCAAUAUCCAGCCCCUAAUACCUUACCUGCGCCUACAAUGAUUUAAUUAACUACAGAUAAUUUAAUUAUGUAAUAAAUGAAAAAUAUGUAUAUUAAA